AUGACUGAUAAAGGACAAUUCGAAGAGGGCUACAAGGUGCCGGUGACGGACCAAGAGUUCCCCGGCAAGGAGGGGAAACUACCCGUCACUCCCUUGUUCGACCGAGUCCCGACGCCUGAUGGCGGCUCCAAGCUGUACCAGGCUGCGGGAAAGCUUGAGGGGCUGAAGGCUAUCAUCACCGGUGGUGACUCUGGUAUCGGCCGUGCUACAGCAAUUUUGUUCGCUAUGGAAGGAGCCGACUCGUUGAUCGCGUACCUCCCCGAUGAAGAGGAGGACGCCCAGGAGACCAAAAAGCGCGUCGAGGACUAUGGCCGCAAGUGCUACCUUGUCGCGACCGACAUCACUGAUCGCGCAAAUUGCCAAAAUAUUGUCGACACAGCGCUGGAGAAGCUUGGCGGCAUCGACAUUCUGUUCAACAACGCUGCAUAUCAGAUGAUGGUUGAAAACAUCAAGGACUUGAAGGAGGAGCAGUGGGUUCACACCUUCAACACCAACAUCCACCCGAUGUUCUACCUGGCAAAGUACGCUUUGCCUCACAUGAAGAAGGGAUCAACAAUCAUCAAUAAUGCGAGCAUCAACGCAUACAUUGGCCGACCAGACCUUUUGGACUACACCUCAACCAAGGGCGCCAUCAUCUCCUUCACCAGAGGGCUGAGUAACCAGUUUUGCGACAAGGGGAUCCGUGUCAAUGCAGUCGCCCCAGGCCCGGUCUGGACGCCACUGAUUCCCGCGACCAUGAACGAGGAGGCCCAGAAGCAGUUCACGAGCCCCAUCGGACGCCCGUCGCAGCCCUCCGAGAUUGCGACCUGCGUCGUCUUCCUUGCCUCCACCGACAGCGCAAGUAUCACCGGCCAAACCAUUCACUGCAACGGGGGUGUUAUUGUCAACGGUUAA